CUCUUCUCUGCACGGGCUCUGUACGCCAUUCCAGGUGCCGGUCACAUACGGAUAGGAUGGACACAACACCAAAGAGAUUGGUACACUGGGCUUUGGAUAUUUCUUUCUCUGGUCUCGGUUCUCCUUUCUCGGAAGGCACUUCAACCGAGUUCACAUCCACUUCAAGUCUACAAUACGCGAAUUCGCAACUGAUCGCCCAUGGCUUCACCGAUAUUGAAUUGUCUCUUGACGGGCUGGGGACAAAAGAUGCUGAGAGGGUGGUAAAGUGUUUGUUCAGCAUGUUGAGUCAGCGAGUCGACGACAUGUCACGCACAGAAGAGCUGACCACGAAACUGCGUACAUUGUCCUAUGACCAUGAGCGCAUGGUGUCGAAAUACCGAGUUGCUGAGGAGAGGGCUGCCAAUGCUGAGAGGGAGAUGAAUGUGCACAAGUCGCGUCUGGGAGCCGCAACCCGAAGUCUGCAGGCUGCAGAGAACGCUCACAGGCAGACCACUGCGGAGCUUCAACGAACGCGAACCGCCUUACAGGCGUUGCGAACAGCCCAUCAAACUGAGAUAAAGAAGCUAGAGAAAGAGAAGGAGCGAAUGACGGACCGAUGGAGCAAAGUAUGCGACACCCAGGUCAAACUCGGGUCUACAAGCAGCAGCUUGCGCUGUGCAAACACAGAUGUUGUCGAGGCGUCUGACAUUCAACCGCGGGGCAAGACUCAGGGAUUCCUCGAUAUUGCCUUGGAGCAAACCGAGCAAGCAAGGAGGGAUCUGUUCGAGAGAAACAGGAAGCUCCGAGGUCUGAUUCUUUCGGCUGCGAACGACCUGCAGGGUAUGAUCCACGCUGCACGGAAUGACGGCCGUGAGGAGCCUGCUCCACUCACGUCUGCCACACUCUUCCCACUAUCUCCCACCAAGACUGCUAGCGAUAAGCUUUCCUCCCUGCUGACUUCUGUCAGAGAAAUCAUCGGACGCCUGUCCAAUCCAAACCCAGAUACUCUCACACCGCAUACAUUGUCCAGUUCUCAGGUUACAAAUACGAAGCCACAAGACGCCUCGGAGAUUGAUCGUUUGCAGGCGGUAAUUGAGACUCUUCGGAAGGAACUUGAAGAAGCACAGAAACAGGCUUCGACGUAUGCUGCGCAGACGCAGGCCUUAUUUGAUCGGUUCGCUGAGGAAGAAAAGCCACAAGGUGAUGUUGGCGAGAUGAGUGUGGACCUGAUGACAGCGCCUGCGCGGGACGAAGAGAAGCGGCGCCUGGAUACACGUUUCAAAGAGCUGGAACAGGAACGGCAGAAGUUCACAGAGGCUGCGGUCAGACUUGGGCGAGAGAAAGCAGCAUUGGAGGCGGAACGCCUCACGUUUUUGGAAGAGAAACGCGCAUGGCAAGUCCAAGUAAUGUUGACCGACCUUCCGCCGACUCCUGUCCCACCAGCUGUGGAAACAGUACCGUCGCAGGAAGAAGGACAGGAGCAUGCGGUACGCAGCCCUCCGCGGAAGUUGAAAGCAACCAGUAUACCUUCCGGCAGAAUUGGCGCGAGAAAGCCUCGUUCAUCAAGGCGGUCUUCUGGGUUUGGACUCGGACUCGGACCUGUAUCCUCGAAGAGAAUCGUCCCGCCCUUCGAGACAGAGGUCAUACCCUCUCCUAAGGUCCAGCCACCAGCGUUCGUGCUCCCACCGCCAUCUCCUGCAGCGUCAUUGCCCACGAACAGUGGCGUUUCAUCCUCCUUGAUUCCUCUCCCGACACAGGCCGAACAGACAGAGCCGUCUCAAUCUGCGACAUCCACUACGACGUCGAACAAUCAGAUUAAUGCUGCAUAUACACAACCAUCGUCGACUUCAGCACAAGCACCGCAGAGCUCAUCACAAGCGAGCGCAGGUCCAUCCUCCGCUCCAGCCCCGAAAACACCAGAGACCCGGCGGCCAUUCCCCAUGGCGAAGCCUCUCGCUGCUGCGCACAUGAUCCACGCCUAUUCUCCCGUUAAGCCCAGUCCGCUCAGCAGGAUCCUAAUGCUCGCAAAAUCGCCAGACAGCCCUGAGAGUGACAGUGGCAAACUGAAUGCCCUGCAGGAGAGCGAUAGUGACUUCUCGCCCACUCCGAUGCCUAUUGCGGCUGCGCCGCUCGCACGGGCACCAAUUCAAAGCCUCGCGGAGCUCGGAGCCUUGGAGGAUCCUGAUGAGAAUCCGCUGCUGGACAAGACGCCGGAUGCCAAGGGUGUGAAACCACGGGCAUCUCAAUUCCAGACCAGGUUAACUGCGAAACAGAAAGGCAAGGGUCGGGCAGAGCCCCUCGUUCACUCUCGGUCCCGUCCUGCAGUUGCUUUGGAAAGGGAGAAUAUUAAGCGGGCUAAACUGAUCUCUGCAUCCACGGCGAAUCGCUCACCGUUUGCUCGGACCAAAGCGGCUAGUAAGCUGCCUGGGGUUAAAGGCGGUGCAAGGCGCGUUCCCAUAGGCAGCGCGGAAGCUGCACCCACGGGGCCAACGUGGAAAGGCUGA